AUGGUGGAACAGGUUUCUUUUAGAGAGGUAAACAAAAUAACAAGCGAGAAUGAAUGUGAUUCAGAUAGUCAUAAUGAAGGUGAUAAUAUUGAAGAUGCGAAAGCAUCUGUUUUUAUAAAAUCUUCGAUGAUUCCAGAGAAUACAGAUGUAGUGAAAGGUCUAAAUUUUGAUAAAGAAGUAAAGUUACAUGAAUUUAUAAAUCAGUAUAAAUAUAUGGGAUUCCAAGCAACUAACUUAGGUAUUAGUAUUGAUGAAAUUAAUAAAAUGAUAUAUUAUAAAUAUAAGGAUGAAAAUAUAAAAUCUGAAGAAACUAAUAAAAAGAAUAAUAAAAAUCAGAAUAAUGUUAAUGAUGAUUGUAUUAAUAAUGAAGAAAAUAAUUUAUAUAAUUAUGAAAAUAAGAAAAAAAAUUGUAUUAUUUGGUUAUCAUUUACUUCAAAUAUGAUUUCUAGUGGAUUAAGAGAAAUAUUUGUUUAUCUAGCCAAAAAUAAAUUUAUCGAUGUUGUUGUGACAACUGCUGGAGGUAUAGAGGAGGAUAUCAUCAAAUGCUUUUCUAAUACAUAUAUAGGAGAUUUUAAUUUAAAUGGAAAAAAAUUAAGAAAAAAAGGAUGGAAUAGAAUAGGUAAUUUAAUUGUACCUAAUGAUAAUUAUUGUAAAUUUGAAGAUUGGCUUCAACCCAUAUUAAAUAGAUUGUUACAUAAACAAAAUGAAAAAAAUGAACAACUAUUUUUAAAAAAAUUAGAAAAAAGAAAUAAAAAAUAUAAUAAUAUUAAUAGGAACAAUAUGUGUGGGAUGGAAAAGGAUGACCAUAAUAAAAAUCAAUAUAAUGAAUAUCAAGAAAAUUUUAUAAAACAAUCAAAUAUAAACACAAAUAAUAUAUCAAAUAAAAAUAACAAUAUAAAUGAUAAUACAAAUAAUUAUAUACAUAAUUAUAAUAAUGAUUCUGAUUCAGAUGAUGAAGAUGACAUGUAUUAUUUAAGUCCAUCCGAAUUUAUUAACAUCUUAGGAAAAGAAAUUAAUCAUGAAAGCUCAUUAAUAUAUUGGUGUUAUAAAAAUGACAUACCAAUUUUUUGUCCAGGUUUAACAGAUGGAUCUUUAGGAGAUAAUUUAUUUUUUCAUAAUUAUGGAAGAAAAAUUAAAAAUAAUUUAAUUCUAGAUAUUGUUAAAGAUAUUAAAAAAAUUAAUUCACUUGCAAUGAAUUGCAAUAAAUCUGGUAUUAUUAUUCUUGGAGGGGGAUUACCCAAGCAUCAUGUAUGUAAUGCAAAUUUAAUGAGAAAUGGUGCAGAUUAUGCUGUUUAUGUUAAUACUGCUAAUGAAUAUGAUGGAAGUGAUAGUGGUGCUAAUACAACUGAAGCUUUAUCAUGGGGAAAAAUAAAAUAUGGACAAACAAAUAAUCAUGUUAAAGUUUUUGGUGAUGCAACUAUUUUAUUUCCUUUAAUGGUUCUUAAUUCCUUCUAUUUAUAUGACCAAAACAGGAAAAAAUGUCGCUGA